AUGUUUCUCAUCCUGGACUACAUUCCAGGCAAGCCUCUUGCCAAGGAAAAGCUGCUCCGCGCUCACAGCACCAUCAAGACCAAUUUCUACCGCCAACUGCUAGGCUAUUUAGCAGAGAUUCGGUCUUUAGAGCUGCCCGCCAUCGGUUCUCUCAUGCCAAGCGGCGAUGCGUCGCAGCCGAUAGUUGGCCGUCUUCUUACACAAUCCUCAAACGAUGCUCGCCGAGAAUUGUCGAGAUUCGUGUCCGCCAAGGCAUUUGUGGAGUCCCAAUUCGACCUCAUUUCCAGCUAUCUACUUGCGCCGCGACGUGAUCACCCGGAGGACGAGGUUCGCUACGACAUGUUUUGCAUCAACAGCAUGAAACCUUGCUUCAAUAGCGUUAUAAAGCCCGAGUUUGACAAUGGUCCAUUUGUCCUUAGCCACCCAGAUUUACGGCCAAGCAAUAUCAUUGUUGAUGAAGAGAUGAAGAUCGUAGGCUUUAUUGAUUGGCAGUUUACAAGCACAGUUCCUCGCCAGCUUUGCACGCCGCCAGCAUGGGUCACCGGCCAUAUAUGGACGAAUUAUGCCAAGUUAUUCCUCUCACAAUUUUCUGUCGCCCUGGCUCUUGAUGACCAACUCCCCAAACAGCUCAAGCGGGAGUGGCGCGACCCAUCAAGCACCUCUUUUCACGUUGCUCACAUUAUCCGUUGCCCUUCUGACCUCAAUUAUGUUUUUCAGAAUUAUUACGCCAGAGGACAAGAUGCAAAGCAGCUUGAGGAGGCCGAGGCCAAGCUUUUCCAGAACCCACAACUGGCUUCAGAGGCUCAGGGAAUAGCGGAACGGAACCUCCAGUACACGGGGUACUUGAAGAGCCAGGGAAGAUGCAUCAAGACGUCUUGA